UUGAUAUUGGCAUUGAAUUCAAACAAUAAAAUUUAUUGUUUACGAGUGACCGCGUAUUUCAUUCUGCCGCAAUAUUUACCGCUUUCUGUUGAAAAAAACCUGAGGUCGAAGGAUUCGAUCACAAGGUAUAAAAUGGAGGCUUAUGUUAAACUAGACUGGUCGAAAAACCAUCGCCGUAGCGAACCCCGACUGCUGGAUUACUUUGCGAUUGAUUUUUCUAAACACGAAGAAGAUAUUUUUAAUCUACACAUCAAUGAACUGGAAACGAUCCAUCAACCCGGCGAUUUGUACGUAGACGACCAUAACAACAUGGAAGUGAGUUUUCCGAUUGAUCCUCGAAAUGGUACUGAGGUUCGGCAAAUUGUAAUCGAUGCUACCAGCGCAUCGACUCGUUUAUUUGAUCAGUUUCCUAGCGGAUCAUGCCUGAGCCGAGCCGAUCAUCAGCAUUGUUUAACAGUACUGAACCGAUUAAAUAUGAGACUAAAUUUUGACACGGUAGAUGAUUUAGAAGCGCUAGCAAAAUAUAGAAUCUUGAUCGGAAAGUUGGAAGCGGAGAGGUCACUAUUUGAUGAAUUUGUGAGGAAUCAUUUCAACAAUGAUUUAGUUUUCCGCAAGCGGAUAGUUGAUCCGGAAUUGAACAACUUAGUGGUAUCUAUUUGGAAGGAUAAGGUUCAGAGAACCAUGGACACCUUGACGGAUGACAGUAGAUUCCACCUGUCGACAGCAGUAAUGUGGUUGAAAUAUAGCGAAAAUGAGCGAAACGUAAGGUUCGAACCGGUAUCUGAGGAUAUAUUGGAACUUGGUCAGGUAAAACACAUUUUCACCGAGAAUUUAUUAAAUUGUCGUACUUUGAAAAGAAACGUACGGGUGCUUGAGCACUUUUUGCAAGAGCAGUUAGCUUUUUCUACAAUUAAUCAUUCAGUUCAAGUGGCUCAAAUUUUAAAACAAGAUGAAGAUCUGCGAAUUGUGAUAAAUUCUGGAACGCUUACACACAUGCUUGACAAUUUUUGCAACUUGCAGAACCAAUGGUUGGUGCCGUUCCGAAUUGAAGUAGUUGAAGGACGUAGUGUCAUUUUUUUCGAUAAGAAAAUGCAGCCUACAAGAAUGAGUAGUCACAAGCGAAAUAUAAAAGCGCAUAAAUAUUUAAUAAAAAGUUUCAUGAGUGUUUUGAAAAAAGACUACAGCUCCGGAAAAGAUAGAAAAAUAGGAGAUUUAAAGUAUUCAGAUACGCUAGAAUAUAAAGUCAUUGAAUUUGAUGCGUACCUUCAAAGAUUAAAAGAAGCGGACGAAACAAGCGACAAGCCUCAACAAAAUGUUUGCUUGAGGCUGUGGAAUUUACGCGAUGGCGAUGAACAGUUUCGAUUUCUCAUUAAAUCUCGAAUGGAUUGCUACCAAUCACUGCGAAAAGUCAAGUUUUUUAUUAACAUUUCUGUUAAGCUAGAAUAUCAAGCCGAAUUCGGUGCGGAACAAAUGACCCAGAGUGAGCUGAUCAGAGAAUGGACACGACAAUUUUUGAGGCCAAAUUCUAAAACAUUGCGUUUACGAAUAAACGCAAUGACGCAUACAAUCCUUUCGCACCAUUAUUUGGAGCUUAAAGAUAUCGAAGAAGAGUUGAAGCGAACCUACAGCAUUGAGCCAAUCAAUGUUAUAACGAACCUUUGGCAAACUUUGAAAGUUUUGCUAAACUUUCCUCCAGGGGAGCAUCUUAUGCAACAUGACACGAAGAAUUCGGAAAGCGUCCUUAUUCUAUCGAAAAAUCCAAAAUUAGUCACAACUGGUACCAGUUUGAAUUUGUUAAAUAUCUACUCUUCCGUAGAAUAUGAUCAAUGCGUUUUGGAACAGUACGAUUGGAUACCAAUAGAUCGGACAGUCAUUACAAAACUUCACAGAGAGCACACACUAUUGCCGUGUACCUUCCCACAUUGGUUACAGAAACAACGAAUUGUUGCGCGGGAUAAACUAGGUCCAAGGCAAAAGACGGAGCCUUUACAAGCGAAAUGUAGUCCGCCUAAAAACAAAAAAUCUAAAGGCGAUCGAGAACGACAAAAACGUAAACAAAAAGAGCGGAAGCUACUAAAGCGUAAAGAGCAAUCUUUUGUAGCAGACAUUCAAAAAUCGCUGGACCAGUUCGCACCAUACCCUGGUCCUUCCAGAUCCACCAAUACCAGUGUUAAAUCGUGCAAGACUAAAAAGUCAUUCCCUUUAAAAAGUUUUGUGAAAGGACAAACAAUUGACUAUCAGACGUACAUUGAUCAAGCAAACGUUCAAAAGCACGAAUAA